UCCAUGCUCCACGCGUAUUAUUCGGUAUGUAGUAAAUGAGCGAAAUCAAUGAAUUUAUCAUGAAAUAUAUUGAAAACAAAAUUCUGGUUAAAAUAAAUGAUUUUCUUUUUGAAAUAUUUUAAUAAUUGACUGGAUUCAUAACCUUAAGCUACAUACGUUUUGUUUAAAAUUUUUAAUAAAAUUCAGUUUGACAAAUUCACAAGACCACUAAAAAAACAUGGAUUUUGAUUCAGAUGAGGAAAAUGUUAUAGAAGAAGACUUUUAUUCGUUUUUAAAUGUCCCCAAGGAGGCUACUAAAGAAGAAAUUAACAAUGCAUAUCGACGUCUUAGUCGCAUGUACCAUCCUGACAAACAUGUUGAUCCAGCUCUUAAAGCAAAGGCAGAAAUUAUGUUCAACAAAACGAAACGUGCCUACGAAGUGUUGUCAGAUCCUCACCAAAGGGCAAUAUAUGACUCACUGGGUACCAAAGGUUUAGAAACUGAAGGCUGGGAAAUAGUUCAGAGAACUAAAACUCCUGCUGAAAUUAGGGCUGAAUAUGAGCAGUUAGCUGAAGAAAGGGCAGAACGAAGAAAAAAGCAGGCUACAAAUCCUACUGGAAAUAUUACGAUAGCGAUUAACGCUACAGAUUUAUUUAAUCCGUACGAUAACGAGUUAUUUGAUGAUGAGUUUGAAAGUGACUUUAUUUCAAGUAUUCCAUCAAUUGAAGUAUCUUCAAUGCAAUUUAAUCAAUCUGUUGACUUUCCUCUAACUCAAAAGGACACAUGUACUCUAUCGGGGCAACUGCAGACUCAAAAUGGUACUGGAGGUGGCGGUAUUAAUUUAAGUUGGAGGCAUAUAUUUUCUCAUAAGAGUUGGGCGGAAGUAGAAAUGACAGCGGGUAGUGGACCAGCAUUAUCUUUUAAGGGUUUUAGGACAUUAACGAAAAGGUUUUUCUGGAAUGGCGGCACUAUACUGCAAUUUACACCGGAGGGAGUAAGGCCCGGAAUUAUGUCUACAUUGGCGAUGCAAAUUGAUAAAUAUUCGGUUGGAUAUCUUUCAUAUCAUGGCGGAAUUAGAUCAUUAUUUUCAACGCAAGUUAUUAGGGAUACAGAAAAUAAUAGAUAUAAUUUUUCCAUACAAGUGGGUUUACCACAUUCUUUUGUGCUUUUGCAGUAUACGAGGAAGAUGAUGAAUCAAGAAUUGAAAUUAAAAAUAGCAGUGAAGUAUGGGACUUUUGGUGGAGUUAUUGAAUACGGCGCAGAGAAAAAAAUAUCGAAACACAGUAACUUGUCUUUUGCAGUAGUUUGUGGAGUACCGUCUGGAGUAAAGUUAAAAAUCAGACUAACAAGAGCCUCGCAGACUUAUUCGUUCCCUAUUCAUUUGUGUGAAGAGGUCAUGCCUGCCCCUAUAUUCUAUGCCACCAUAGUGCCUUUAGUAGUUUUCGUUGUCGUUAAGAAAGGUUUCGUUGAACCUUUUCUCAAAGAAGAGAAAUCGAAGAAAGUCGAGAAACAAAAACAAAAUAAUUACAAUAAACUACUGGAGAAGAGGAAAGAAGCAGUGGCAGCUCAAGAACUUAUGAUGGCAACGUACAAUAGAAUACGGGAGGAAGAAAGUAACAAAAAAGGAAUGGUGAUUAUAAAAGCCAUUUAUGGACGGAUUAUAACAGAACGUGGUAAUCAAGGUGAUGCGGAACUGUCUAAUGAAGUAAUUGAUGUUACUGUACCUAUCCAGUGUUUAGUCAAAGACAGUAAAUUGGUCAUUCAUGGACGCACAAAGAGUGAAUUACCAGGUUUCUUUGACCCAGCCUUAGGGGAAGAGAAAAUGUUACACAUAAUUUAUAAUUAUCAUGAUCAGCCCCACGAAGUUACUAUUGCGGAUAAUGAGUCUUUAAGGUUACCUAAAACAUCCCACAGAACAAAUAUAACGUAGUAGCAAAUCAUGCGUAGUUAAAAAUGUAGUGAUUGUAAAAGUGAACUGGUACUCAUGAAGAGUUGGUGCAAAGUUUGUAAUUUCAUUGUUUGUGCCAAUGAAUCAAAUUGUUUUUAUUUCAAAGUGCGCUUGUUGUGAAAAGACUAUCUUUUUUAAAAAACAAUAAAAUUGUUAUUAAUUAAA